UCCAACCAGUAGUAACUUCAUAAUGUCUACCUUAUCAUCUGCCUGGCUGCUCCUCCUCCUGGGAUUCCAAUACAGUGUCGCCGUGGAACACAAUUACCAAAAUGAGGAAAGUAAAAUCCUUUCGAUUCUGAAUGCAUCCUUUCCCGUGCAAGAGUUGCUCUACCACAUCGAUGUCUGGCGGAACGAUGCCCCUUUGGCGGGUCUGGAAGAUCCUGCCGUGUCCAACUUGGAGUCUGUCAUCCGGUCGGAAGUCGCAGGGGAUUGGGAACGAGGCAGGCUCGUCCUUCAGUUGGCCAAUCAGGCAAGAACUGUGCAGCUCAAGGAAGCGAUCUACACGGCUCUCUGGAAGGAGCUGCAGCAGACCAAACAGAUCUAUGAUCCCUCAAAGAUUUUGGACUUUUUCGAGCAGCUAUCGGUACACACGGAUGUUCCCUUGGAGCUAAUGGAUGCGAUCUAUACAGCUUUCGUGCAUCGCAGUGCCCAGCUAAUAGAGGCUCCCUUUCACACGGACAGUCAGAAAGCCAACUUUCCCUUGGUCAACUCAUUGAUUCAACGGCUGACUUUUAGCACCUUGGACUAUCUCAGGGAUAUCCUGGAGGCUCUCUACGAUGCUGUAUUAGCUUUGGAAACACCCCUGAGUGUGGUGGAACGACUGGGCAACUUCACAGCCAAUUUGAGCCAGCUGGCAUUGGCCAAUCUCCAUCUGCUGGACAGGGAGGAGCUGAAACGCGCAGAGCCGGAAGUGCAGCAAGCUUUGCAGGCAAAUCUGAGGCAUUUACUUGAACAACCUGGUUUCGAGCAGGAAGUGGACGCCACGCUACGAGGAGAGAUCUAUGCCAACCUGCCCAAGGACGAGCAAAUGCUAUACACCGCCCGAAAAGUCUGCAUCCGGAAUGUGACCGAUCCGAGUGCCUAUAUCUACGAGUGUCCGCAGACCUAUUUGAUUUGCAGCAAUCCGCCGGAUCAAAAGAAGGCCGCCUACUUCAUCCAACGAGGACACAGCAACGACAGCCGACCGCAGUUUGCCUUCUACAGCGCCUUUUGGCGGAAUCGCUAUAUCCUAAUGGAACCAGCCGGCGUAGGGGCUUACAGCGCCAACCAUUCCAUCACCAAGAAUGUAUACAGCAGGGUUAACAUCCACUGGUGGCGAGUGGUGUAUGGAAUUGAUGGUUUCUCUCUGAUCGAUGCGGCCACCGAGAGAUCGGUGCUCUGUGGCGGUGAUCCCUCGCACUGGGAUGGCGAGGAGCAUCAUGUGUACACGCGCCGAGCAACGGAGCUAUCUGCUCAUCGUGCCGAGUGCACCUGGAACCUGGAGGAUUGCAGCGAUGCUGCUUAGCUCUGGAUAAAGUUUGACAGCAAUUAAUAAUCGCAAUGAUAAUCGAAUAAAGCUGAAUGUAUAUUAAAA